AUGGAGAAGCGCAGUCUAACUCUUGUUCUCUCUCUUCUCCUUUUCAUACCACUUUUCCAUGGAGGCACAACAGAAGCUGCAGGAACCCUAGAUGGAUCAGAAGAGUGGGGUUAUGUUGAAGUCAGACCAAAAGCCCACAUGUUCUGGUGGCUUUACAGAAGUCCUAACAGAGUAGAAGAUCCCUCCAAGCCAUGGCCAAUCAUUCUCUGGCUUCAGGGUGGACCUGGAGCUUCAGGAGUUGGGAUUGGGAAUUUUGAAGAGAUUGGGCCAUUGGACGCCAAUUUGAACCCAAGAAACUCAACAUGGUUGCAGAAAGCAGAUCUUUUGUUUGUUGACAACCCAGUUGGAGCUGGAUUCAGUUUUGUGGAGGACAAAUCUCUGUUUGUGAAAAAUGAUUUGGAGGCAGCCACUGACUUGACCACAUUGUUGGAGGAGAUAUUCAACAGAAAUGAGAGCCUCCAAAAGAGUCCUCUGUUUAUUGUGGCAGAGUCUUAUGGAGGAAAAUUUGCAGUCACUCUUGGACUUUCAGCUCUCAAAGCCAUUGAAGCAGGAAAACUAAAACUCAGACUUGGAGGAGUGGCAUUAGGAGACAGUUGGAUCUCCCCGGAAGAUUUUGUGCUUUCAUGGGGUACUCUGCUCAAAGACGUCUCAAGGCUUGAUGACAAUGGGUUGAAGGAAGCAAACAGUGUGGCUCAAAGGAUUAAGCAGCAGAUUCAGAAUGGUCAACUUGUGGAGGCAACCAAUUCAUGGAGUGAACUUGAGCAAAUCAUUUCCUCUUACAGCAAUUUUGUGGACUUCUAUAAUUUUAUGCUGGAUUCAGGAAUGGAUCCAGUUUCAUCCUUGGCAACCAUUGAAGUAUCAAAAGGAAUUGCCCUUAAGAAAUAUUCAAGAUAUCUCAGUUCCUUGAGGUCUUCAUCAUCAGCAGGUGGUGGUGAUGGUGAUGGUGAUCUUGAUACUUUGUUAAACGGGGUCAUUAAAAAGAAGCUUAAGAUAAUCCCAGAUAAUGUGAUAUGGGGAGGGCAGUCCGACUAUGUCUUCGCAGCAAUGGCAGGGGAUUUUAUGAAACCAAGGAUUAAUGAGGUUGAUGAACUCCUUGCUAAAGGGGUCAAUGUGACAAUAUACAAUGGGCAAGUUGAUGUCAUAUGUGCAACCAAGGGGGCUGAAGCAUGGAUAAAUGGGAAGGACUUCGAAAUUAUUUGA